UGAAUGUCCAAGAUAGGAAACCAAACAUACUUGUUCUCGACUGCAAUUGCAGAACCAGCAAAUGUACGACGCGGCCCGGCUAUUCGAGAAACUUUCGUCGCAAGCACGACUGGGCUCGGCUCAGGACCUCGAACUGGACGUUCCCUGUGUCAAUUCGCUCGUUUCGAAAGAAAGUGAAAUUGACCAGGGCUCGGGAGGAACAAUUUUCAAGUGUCGUUUGAACUCGGAUCGCAACCAAAUAGUUGUUCUCAAGAGCUUCAAGCGCAGACCGCAAGAGUCCAUCAAGGCGUACUUGUUCAACUCGCUCAAUGAAUUUGCCACACUGAAAGCCGUUCAGGGACAUGCCUGCAUUCUGGGUGUUUACGAAUUUCUCCUAGAAAGGGGACAAGACCAGCCGUUAUAUUCCAUGUUGAUCCAGUAUUGCAAAAACGGCGACCUCUUGUCGCUGCUGUCCAAAGCUCGAAAACUGAAUUUGCAAAUUCCAACCCAAAACAAGGACUUUCUUUUCCUCAAGUGCGCGCAAGCAAUCAAGUUCCUUCACUCGAGAAACAUAGUACACAGAGACAUCAAGCCAGAGAACUUUUUGAUCGAUGAGAAAGGUGAGCUCAAGCUGGGCGACUUCGGCAACGCGAUGGACCUAAACCGCAUAGAGAGCUACGCGGUAACGUCCGAGUUUCUUUCACUUGGCACCACCUCUUUCAAGUCGCCGGAGCUGUAUCUCUAUAAAAGCAUUCCAGACGACGAGAUUGACGCAAAGAAAAUUAAUUAUAAAGCCAUCGACAUAUGGGCCUUGGCCAUCCUGUACUUUAACAUCGCCAUCCUACAGAAACCAUGGGCGGAAUCAACUUCCAAAGACUAUGAGUUCAAAAAAUAUAAAAGUAAAUAUGAGUUGGCGUCGCUCAAUCAGCUGGAUUCCUACCAACUGAACAAGAACCUGGACCCCAUCUUCUUGAAACUGCCUGAAAUUAGCAGACAAACCAUCGUAAAGAUGCUGAACCCGGAUCCAGAUGGAAGACUCACCGCCAACGAAGUUCUCAGAAGUGAGUGGUUGAUCCAAGUCAACAUAUCGCUCGAGGAAUAUGCGAAGAAAUCCUUAUCGAAAGGGCGAGAUGACGAAGUGUUGCGAAUAAUCAAUAUCUGAUUGCAAAGCUUCACUCCUCAAUCGCAGCAAUUGCAUUGAGCGAAAUCAAAUAUAGCGAAAAUGCAAACCAAAAGGGGCUCAAUACAGCUCCAUUGAACCUAACUGUCCCAUGUUCUUCGAUUGGAGAUUGAAAGGGUCUUCGUGUGUAACUAAGUCUACUGUAUUCUGUGUCUUCAUUAUGUCAGUUCCCAUAGGAUCGAAUAAAUGACUGUGCU